AUGGCGAACUCGGGUUUCCAGUUGCUAGGUUACUUCCUGGCAUUGGGUGGUUGGAUAGGCAUUAUCUCCACCACUGUGCUGCCGCAGUGGAAGCAGUCUUCGUACGCGGGUGACGCCAUCAUCACGGCUGUGGGGCUCUACGAAGGCCUGUGGAUGAGCUGUGCCUCACAGAGUACGGGACAGGUGCAGUGCAAGGUGUUUGACUCCAUGCUGUCACUGGACGUGCACAUCCAGACGUGUCGUGCUCUUAUGGUGGUGUCCGUGCUACUGGGUUUCAUAGGAAUGAUAGUGAGUGUGGUGGGGAUGAAGUGCACUAAAGUGGGCGACAACAACCCCAUCUCCAAGGGACGCAUAGCUGUGUCUGGAGGAGCCCUCUUCCUGCUCGCAGGUCUGUGCACGAUGGUGUCUGUGUCCUGGUAUGCCACUCAGGUGUCCUAUCAGUUCUUCAACCCAAACACGCCAAUCAAUGCCAGGUAUGAGUUUGGGUCUGCCCUGUUCGUGGGAUGGGCGGCAGCUAGCUUGACUGUUUUGGGCGGAUCCUUCCUGUGUUGCUCCUGCUCCAAUGAGGAGAGGCGAGGGCAGCAGUACUACCGCCAAUCACAACCAUCCACAGCCAGGGAGUAUGUGUAA